CGAUCAGAAGUAUUGAAUAAUGAACAUUGUUGAGAUUUUUGAGAGUCAUCCGAUUGUGGCCACCGUCACAGUUUUUGCAAGCACCGGCUUAGCCGCGGAGCUAAUAGUGACAGCAAUAAAAUAUUUACGCAGCAAGACGCGACGCCGUCGGGUCCACGAGGUUCUCUUUUUCAACGAACUGGGAGAAAUUUGUUACAAGGAGCAUCAGAGCCAGGGUACGCAAUCAGCCCCCAAAACUUUUGAAUGCAAAAACAAGCACUGUAGCUUGAGACAGUUGGAGAAGAUUACUAUGCUGAUCGAUGAGGCUCAAUACUCUAUUGAUAUAUGCAUAUACACGUUCACUUGUACGGAUUUAUUCUUGGCCAUAAACCGCGCGCUGGAUCGAGGAGUGUCCAUUCGCAUGAUCAGCGAUCACGAAAUGGCCUAUUCCAGUAAAUCGAAGGUACUGAAACUGGCUAACCUCGGUGUGCCCCUGCGCGGACCUUUCACAACCAAAUCCAUGAUGCACCACAAGUUCUGCGUGAUCGACGGCGUGGCCCGGGUGCAAGAGAUUAUGGGACUCAAGAAGUGCAAAUGGCCACGGCCCUACGAAAGCGUCCUGAUAAGCGGCUCUGUCAACUGGACAUAUAAUGGAUUCGUUGGAAAUUUCGAGAACUGCACGAUUACCUCAGACGAGAUUUUGGCUUGUCAAUUCCAGGAGGAGUUCAACCGCAUGUGGAAAGCAUUUUUGGUGAAGGAGUAGGAGUUCCUAAAAAAGAGCGUCUAUAAUAUCUAGUACUUUUAUUAAAAAGUAAAGACAAUUAUCAAAUGUUCCUUAUAUUGUGUACAACUCUCCUCCUAGAUUAAGUUUCUUUAACCAUUACAACAGGCAUUAAAGCCCUCACGACUACGAAGAAUUUAUAGACUA